CAUACAUCUAUAAAUCUCUCACCUAUUCCUCACAAGGUUGUACACAUUUAUCACACCAAAUUCUCUUUGAUUUCUUGUCAAUGGUGGCAACAACCAAACCUCCACAACCGUCACUCUCCUUACCAUGGAAAACACGCAUUCAUAUUUCUUUUUUCUCUGCCGUCACCAACGCAUGUUCCCGGGAAAACGGCACUGUCAACCGUGGUCUUCUUAACUUACUCGACUUCCGGACUCCGCCAACCUCAAAAUCAGUCAACGGCGUAGCAUCACAUGACGUGGUUGUAGAUGAGACUCGUAACCUCUGGUUUCGUGUCUACGUACCUACACAACACGCCGGUGAAGAUCUCCCGGUGAUCGUGUUCUUUCACGGAGGUGGAUUCGCUUUCCUCUCCCCUGAUGUCGUAAUGUACGAUGUGGUGUGCCGCCGCUUCGCGAGGAAAGUACCGGCCAUUGUUGUGUCUGUGAACUACCGCCGUACGCCUGAGCAUCGGUAUCCGGCCCAACAUAAUGACUGCUUUGAUGUUCUGAAGUUCCUUGAUGAUGAAGAGAACAAGUCUAAAUCUUUGCCGGAAAAUGCGAAUCUGUUGCGUUGCUUUAUUGCUGGAGAUAGCGCCGGUGGAAACUUGGCUCAUCAUGUUGCUCAACGAGCCUGUGAAUUCAACUUCCGACGACUGAAGGUGAUCGGAGUUGUAGCAAUUCAACCGUUCUUUGGUGGCGAGGAGCAGACGGAUUCCGAGACCCGACUCGAUGGAACACCGAUUGUUUCCAAAAACCGAACAGAUUGGUUUUGGAAGGUGUUUUUGCCGGAAGGAGAAGGGUUCAAUCGGGACCACCCAAUCAGCAACGUUAGCGGCCCAAACGCGGUGGACAUAUCAAAAGUAGAUUUUCCGGCGACCAUGGUGGUGGUGGCGGGAUUUGACCCCUUAUAUGACUGGCAAAAAAGGUACUAUAAGUGGCUGAAAGAGUCAGGGAAAGAAGUGUACUUGUUUGAAUAUCCAAACAUGUGUCAUGCUUUCUAUCUCUUCCCGGAAUUGCCUGAAUCUGGACAACUUUUUGCCCAAGUGAAAGAUUUCAUUGACAAGGUAUCGAGCAAUGUUGCUACUUUGUUGACAAAUUAGUUGUGUCAAACUAUGUUGUAUGAUUUUGGCUCGGUGGUUUAUAGGUGGUUCUACAAAUUUUAAAUGACUUUUUCCAAAAUAAAAUCUUGAUAUUAUUUGCCUUUUCAUAAUAAAAAAAAAGUCUUGGAAAUUUUUAGAAUGUGGUAGUUUAGAAAAUAGUUGAAAAGAUUUCAUUCGGACAUAUCACCAAUUGGCAACGUAUCUAAGGUGCUGUUUGUUUUUUAUAUAAAUUUUUUUUCAGAUCUCUUAUUGUUGCGCGGCGCAACACACGCACAACACUUUUUAUCUCGCAUUUGUUUGUUUUUUAGAAGUCUUCGAAGUAAAAAAAUUUUAUACGUGUUCUGUUUGGAG